UGUUCAAAGAAAAAGAAGAAAGAAGAACAGAAAGCUAUUUUCUCCUCAAAACCCCCUUUUGUUCUUGCUGCUCCAAUUACACAGAGCUUCGUUAACCAUCUUUCUUUAAAAAUCCCCUCCCUUCAAAAUUUCGCGAAGUUAUUGUUCAUCGCUGCAUUCUGCUCAAAUGGCAAUGGACUUAGGGAGCAGAUUUGUUAACCCUACGGCUAAAAGGUUACAGCCCUGUAGCCCCCGAGAUUUAUUUUCUAAGGGAACAAAAAAGAUAAAAUUUGAUGAAAGUGGAAGCCAGAGUAACCCUACUGUUGCAUAUAGCUGGCGGGAAGAAUGCGAACACGAAAAAGGAAAGGUGUCAUCAGGAGUUUUUGGCCGCUCUGAUCCGUUUGCUAUUCCGGACUUGCUUGAAGCGUUAGAUUCUGGGAAGUUUGGAAGUGUCACCAGAGAGAUUGAGGACCUUAUUAAGCGGCGAAUGAAGUUAGUGAACUCUUGUUUUGCAAGUGAUCAUUCACUUCCCAACAAAGUCUUGGAAUUAGAAAGGAACUUUGAGAAAGGGGAGUUAAAAGGAAAUCAGCUUGCGCCCGAUGUAAUUGACUUGGAGGACGAGCAGGAAGCUAAAGGCAUUGCUUCAGCAGCAAUGGUUCCCUCUACAUGUUUUGGACCUUCAGUUGGGCCUGUUGUUAUUAUUGAUUCAGAUGAUGAAGACAGUCAAAAAAACUUCAUCUCUCCAUCUCAGGGGAUGAUUCACACUCAGAAGAGUUCUAUUUCUCCAUUUCAGGGGAUCCCCUUACAGAAUGCUUUGAUUGACUUUCAAGUUAAGGAUUUUGUGGGGCAGGGGAGGGAUUCUGCUGAAAGACAGACUUUGAUAGAAGUUGUAAGCCUCGGUGGAGAAGCUGAAAUAAAGAAAGAUAAAGGUGUUUAUGUUGGUGUACAAGAUGAUGAUGAGAUUGAUGAUGGCACCGAGCAGCCCGAUGAAGGUUUGACUGAUAUAUGGAAUGAGAUGUCAUUUGCUCUCGAAUGCUCAAAGGAUGUUGCUGCUGAACCUUCACCAAAUGAGCAUACAGUUGAAGAGGAAGACGAGUGUGAUCAUUCCUUCAUCUUGAAAGAUGAUAUUGGUUAUGUCUGUCGUAUAUGCGGAGUCAUUCAGAGAAGCAUUGAUACCAUCAUUGAAUUCCAGUAUUCAAAGGCCUCCAAGAGUAUAAGAACGUACCACUAUGAAGGUCGGUCAGCCAAGGAUAUAGGGCAUGCUGAACUCCUUCCUGAGGGCAUCAUUUCAUCUGAUGACAUUGAUACGACUGAAAUUUGUGUUCAUCCAAGACACAAGAAACUGAUGAAAGCUCACCAAGUUGAGGGAUUUAAUUUUCUUGUUAGCAACUUGUUGAAAGAUAAAGGAGGCUGUAUCAUGGCUCACGCCCCUGGAUCUGGCAAGACUUUCAUGAUAAUCAGCUUCCUACAGAGUUUUAUGGCCAAUAAUGAUAGAGCUAGGCCUUUGGUGGUGUUACCUAGAGGAAUCUUGGCUACAUGGAAGAAAGAGUUCUUGAGGUGGCAGGUAGAUGAAAUUCCCCUCUAUGACUUCUACUCAGUAAAAGCAGAUAAUAGAUCUCAACAAUUGGAAGUUCUGAAGCAAUGGUCACAGGAAAGAAGUAUUCUUUUUCUAGGCUAUAAGCAGUUCUCAACAAUCGUGUGUGACAAUGUUGGCAGUACGACUGCAGCUGCUUGUCAGGAGAUUCUGUUGAAGUGCCCAUCAAUUCUCAUUCUUGAUGAAGGGCACACUCCGCGGAACCAAGACACUGAUGUUUUGACUUCACUCGAGAAGGUCCAGACGCGACUAAAGGUGGUGCUUUCUGGCACCCUCUACCAAAACCAUGUUAAAGAGGUCUUUAACAUUCUGAACCUUGUGCGGCCAAAAUUUCUCAAGUUGGAAGAUUCCAGAAACAUCAAAAGGACAAUACUGAGCAAAGUGGCCAGCUCAGGCAGAAAGAACCUCUUGAAGAAAAGUAAUGAUAAUGAUUUUUAUGAGUUAGUAGAGCAUACAUUGUUAAAGGAUGACAAUUUCUCAAGGAAGAGUUCUGUCAUACUAGGUCUGCGGGAUAUGACCAGUAAAGUGCUUCACUAUUACAAGGGAGACUUCCUCGAAGAACUUCCAGGAUUGGUGGAUUACACUGUCCUUCUAAACCUCCAUCCUAAGCAGAAAAGUGAAGUUGCAGAGCUGAAGAAACUGGGAAGAAAGUUCAAAAUCAGUUCUGAAGGAAGUGCAAUGUAUGUGCACCCACAAUUGAAGAGCCUUUCAAGAAACUUUUCUGUUAAAGAAAGAGUUGAUGAAGAGAAGAUUGAUAUGCUCUUAGAGAAUUUGGAAGUGAGGGAAGGAGUGAAGGCCAAAUUCUACCUUAACCUGCUGCAGCUGUGUGAAUCAAAAGGUGAAAAACUGCUAGUGUUUAGCCAGUACCUCUUGCCUUUGAAAUUCUUGGAGAGGUUGACUGUUAGGACUAAGGGUUACAGUCUGGGGAAGGAAAUAUUUCUGAUCACUGGUGAUUCAGACUCGG